GACUAAAACAUAAUUUUAUCUAUAUACUAAUAAUUUAACUAUAAUUUCGUGUAUAAAAAGCUGUUAUGCCUGAAACGAAAUUCUACAUAAUUCUGCGUGUCAAUUUAUAACGUUUCCCUCGAAUUCCGUCGGAAAUAGCAUAUUGUGUAAAGCUGACGUCAGCGAAAUUGAUCAGCGAAAAAGUCAACGACUCUACAAAGUAUUACGAGUUGAUCGAGAGAUAGGUCCGAGCAAGUACGCCGUCGGAGUUUCUCUGUGUGCGAUAUACCGCAAAAUUGAUACGCUGGGCGGGCAGCUAUGAUCUGUUAUACCGCGCACAAAAAUUGCGAACGAAUAAAGUAGGUAGCGCACAAUUACGUCGUAAUAACGAGCGGAGUGAAAUUUCAGCGAAGAACGCUGCUCGUAACAAUCGUAAAGAGAGAAUCGGGCAGAUAAAAAGCUUUUAUACGGUUAUAAAUUUUCCUAGUUAAUAUAUUCGAACGACGGAGCGAGUGCUGCGAGGACCGGAUUUGUUACAAUCGCAUGAAAGUUCGAAUCCGUGUGAAAGUAUGUGCGUCGCCUCUCGUUCGCGAGAAGCAACGCGACUCUUACAAGUUCCUCGGCUCAGGAGAGCACAAAUACAGAAGCAAGUGAUAUCGUCGAGAGCAGCAAAGCGCGUUCUCCAGUGUUUCGCUCGAGAAGAGAAUCCACCACUCCGUUGCGAAUUGCUAAUGCAAAGCAACUGUUUUGCAACUGUAAUUGAACAUCGUUGAGUCCGGUACACACGUACAGUGCUCACGAUGCCAUUCACAUGGCAAUGUUACAAAGAAGCCUAUGGAAAGGUCUAAUACUGUGUAAGUCACAUAAGUACAUAUAUAAAAUAUCGAAUUUUAAAAACUUAGCUUUUUAAAUUUUAAGAAGUUAAUUUUGAAUAACGCACGGCUUCUUCAAAAAAUAUGAGGAUUGAUAUUUGUAAUAUGUAUUCUAAGAAGAAAUCAAAUUAAAGAGAGACACUACACUUGAGAACUCUACAUAUAUAGAGAAAGGAUUCAAGCUCGAAAUAGCUUGAUAGAAGAGGAACUUGUCGUCUGGUACAUGAUUAUGUUCCCGCGUGCCGACACGUUGAAUUGGAAAGUAUCGCUCGCGCGCUAAUAUCAUCCUUGUGGGUUAAGAGAACGCGAGCUUCCAUUAGAUGCACGGUAACUAAGGCGAUCGCUAUUAUUUUCAGCAUGAAACGUGUCCGAGGUCGGUCGGUCCCUUCGCCUCUCGGUAUAGCUCGCGCUCGCUUAUCGUGUAGAAAGUGUGCAUAGAGAAGAUCUCACGAUCUCCGAUUCAUCCAGCGACCUUCCCACGUGCGCUCGAGUAUGCAUCCAUCCGCGGUGCGCUCACGAUAAAGCCCAUUUCAAACGAUCUGCCGGUGACGAGCUCGUCACCAGAUCAUCUUACAAAAUCAAUUAAAAAAUUAGAUAAAAAUUGUGCAAAGCUCUCUACGUACGUACAACCUUAAGGCUCCACUUCUUUUCAUUUGUUCCAUUAAUUACCUAACAAUUAUCAUUAAAAAUUCCAUUAGUUAUUCAGUCAGCAUCAAAUGCCUUAGUUUACUGUGUCAUAUCAGGCGCAAACUUUCAGUCUAUAAAAAUGAAAUAUAAUUGUAAUAUACAAUUUUAACAUUAAAUAUACAUCUCUCUUUUUUAUGUGUCACAGCACAUAAAAAUAGUCCUGAAUUCCGUCACGGUUUACGGAUCGUCUAGUACGGGCUUAAAGCGACGCAGUCGGUUGUCGAUGCCUAUCUGCACACUCUGGCGAAAGAACCGCGUCGUCAUUACCGUCCUCGUCAUUGUCGUUAAGUUGCCGUGUCAUUCUUUUGCCGUUCAUUAGCGGCGAACUCGCGACAAUCGCUCCAGUCGGUCUCAUCCCGCGUGUCAUUAAUUCCAUUCAGCCGCAUUAUGUGUUACUCGCGAGUUACUCGUAUGUAAUAUCCACCUGCGUAAUGCGGUAAUCGAUAGAAACUCCCUGCGAGAAAUAACGGAUUUACACGCGAGCUCCUCGGAGAAGCGGUGGAUUUCGUUAUAAGAUCGACUUGAGGUUUCCUGCGCGCUCGCGUGAUCUCUUCAAUCUCUGUCACGUAACGACAAUCUCAGCUCAGAAAAAAGAAAAAUCAAUGAUACAUGCUUUAGCAAUUCGCUAUUUUAACGAAUAAUAACACAAGGACACAAAUAUGUAGGGAACAUGGAUAAAUGCCGAAGAGAAACAAAAGUGAUAAUGACUGUCAUUAAACCGCCGACUAUUAACGUUGAGCUUCUGGUACUAAAGACACUGUUUACGCAAAAUGUAGGAUAAUACGUCACGAAAAAUUAUUCUCGAGAAAUUAUUAUAUUAUAAAAUGCGUUCAAUUUCUUUGGAUAAACGUUUCACUUCGAAAUGGAGAGAAAGGAGGAGAGAAAUCACGAGAGUUAGCCACGUAAAUUACGCGUAAAAAGAUAGUUUGCAUAGUCGCGUGGGUUACCGUUGAUUACGCGAAAACGACUGACACGAUUUUCUUUCCUUCUGCCGAUCGUAAUUUCAUGUAUAUGUAUAAUAUAUAUAUAUAUGUAUAUGCAACGUUAUAGAAAUACUUAAUGUAACACGCGGCGUUGCGGAACAAAAAAAUAUAUAAAAUCUUGCCCACUGUUCACGCUACUUCUUGGCUUUCGGGCCAUAAUAUGGUCUCACUUCGCCAGCUAUACUGUGUAAUCAACGUUAAUGCAAUAUUUUCAAUGGAUAACAAUAUAAAAGAUAAUAAGCAGCAUUAUACUUUCGCAGGUAUUGGCGCAAUUCACAUAGUUCAAUGUCGUGUUUUCAAGCAUGAGGAAACGCGAACGUGAACGUUAACGAACAGUGAGCCAGCUGAGAUCCCACGAAUGCAAGUUCCAUCGCAAUUAAAGGUCCGCUGCGACAGACCUACGCGGCAUUUGCGUUAACAGGGUUCUCGCUUCGAGUCCCCUAACGACUUCCUCCUUCCCGCGUAAACCGCGCGAUGCGGUCGUGCUACCAGGGAUUCCGAAUAACCAAUACGCGUAUAAAAUCGCGAUCUCGGUACAUAAAUUAGCAGCCCGUGGAUUCUCGAUGCGAAUCGAUGAGAAUCCAGCAUCACCGCGUAAUUACAUCUCUAUAUGCCGGCCAUUCAUCACAUGAGAAGCACGUAUCCUCGCAUUCUUGCACAAUUUUAAGCUCUCUCGCAAGGUAUGUACACUCUACGAGAAAACUUAACUUGUACGACGGAUAGUUAAAAAGUAUACGUUUAAUGCAAUUUUAUUUGUAAAAUGUACAGAGCUUCAUUAAGCUCUAUGACCACGUAUUUCUUUAAUAGAUAUAUAAAAGCACGCAGAGAAAAGAUGACAGAGAAAUAUGUAAUUCUCUCAACAUUCUCCUUUAAUUUUUGCAUUUUGAGAUAUAUGUAACCGAUAUCUCUUAUGUAGCUAAAUUAAAAAAAAAAUGUUUAUUAUAUAACAUAGAUCUCUUAUAUAGCUGAACACGUGCUAUUUAAUAUUCUGUCCAGAACACGCUGCUUUCUCCAGCAUCACCUCUUUCGCCUCCCGUGAUGCGUUGAAGACGCGCGGCCACGACGUUUAAGGCGGAACAUCUUGCAGCACGUUUCCCGAUUUGGAUGGCAUUACGUGGGCAAGUGUGCGGCGCUUCCUCGCGGAUCGUGUUAUCCGUCGAUCGCGUCUGGGCAGUCACCAGAUUCGUCUUCUCUCGUCUGGGGAAACAUCCCGUCCGUCGUAAGCGGACGCUACGGAGUAGCAGCGGUGGAAGAUUCGCGGCGGAGGAACUCCGCUCCGCUCGUGAGUUUCACCGACUUACUUAGGAGCGCGCGCGGAGAAAAGCACCGUCAGUCCGCAAGGGCGAUUCGACGAGAGCGCAAAUAGAAGCGAGCGCGAAAGUUUCUAACGCGAGACACGCAAGGCUCUCGGCUCUCCCUCGAAAGCCAAAACGAAAAUGGAGAACGCGUUCGCCGAUCGCGACAGCCGAGAGAGAAUUUCUCUGGCUCGGGAAUAGGAGGAGAGUUCAUCGAGCGAGAGGGUAGAAAAGGGUGCGAGACGGUCAAGAGAGGAUUUUCCCAAGGAAAAACAACAUCGCUGGCAAAUAGGAGUGAUAUCUGACUAGAGCAACGUAGAAGGUAGCAUACGAUGAAUUGAAACAGCGGGAUACGUGCGGUAUUAAUUAACUGGCAACUAAAUAUCUUGUGCUAAAUUAGCUAGCAGUGCAAACGCUCGCUCCAUCGGUCCAACGAUUGCUCUCGUGCGAUCCUGUUAAUUCUGGCAUUGCAUUCGGCAAAUCGGAGAUUAAGUGCACGCUCGUCUGCAUGGUUCUUAAGGAGAUCUUGGGUUUGUGCAACAGGAAGAACGCGAUCUUCGUUAUUCUGUGCGCGGCGGUCAUCUACGUUCACCUGAUCAGCGAGGACGAGGAGGCAAAGUGUCGCCGCGGAAGAGGGUCGCGGUGUCGCGAGGACGAGGAGGCAUCGAGGUUCCUGAUCGCGCUGCAACUAUGCGGAAGGCGGUCCCCGUGCUCGUACUGAUCGCGUUCGCGUGUGACUUCUCAGCGCGCGACGUUCUGGUCGACGGCAAUCCCGCCAGGAAGCCGGAAGCUGCGGUACGGAGCGACGACUAUGAGCAUCAGACGGACUCACGUGGACAGUUCGACGACGCGGAAGCACCGCGGAGAUCCAUAGAAGAUCGCGGCCGAUCAAAUGAACCCAUAGGCAAAUGGAGAAGCAACGGCGAGGCUCUCGAGCCGAAGUGGCGCGACGGCGACUCCGUGCCCCUGCUGCCGUUCUCACAUUACCGGUCCUACUCGAGGGACGACGAGGCUGACGACGCCGAGCACGAGGACUAUCCGGCGACGAGUCGUCGACCGUCCAAGUAUCGUUAUUCAAUCGAUCAACCGAAUCGCUCGCGAGGAAGUCCGGGCAGGCGUGCUCCGGCUUACGACUACGACUACGACUACGACGUGACGUCCCGAGAUCGCGACUUCGACGACCGCGAUCAUGAUUAUCCGCGCAGGAGACCUCGUCCGCACGGUUCGACGAUUUACGAGGAAACGCUCGAGAACGCGGCGAGCAGCGACGGGAAACGAGGCCGUAACAUCGUUGACGCUUCACCGAGCGACCAGCAGGCCACCUCGAGGUACCAUGAGGCCUUCCAGGCUCGUCCCAACGAGUACGCGCAGGAGUUCAAUGAUGAAGAAUACCUGAAGCCACGCCCGAGGAAGAGGAGACCACCACAGAACUACGAAUUCGCUCUGGCGAACGCAGCCUCUACCGAGGGAGACGAGGCUCUGAGAGAUCCUUCUGAAUCUUCGUCACAGCUGACGAGCGGGAAUCCACCGGUGACCACGCAACCAUCCGACAACAACGCGCUCGAGCUGAAGAUGCUGUUGAAGAUGCAACAGGAGGAAGGCUCAAGCCUGUCGGAGAUCCUGCAGCGCAGGAAUCUCACCCUGAGCGACCUAUUGGAAGGAAAGGCUGACGUGAUCAACGCUCUCAAGGCGAGAAUCACCGAUUCCGAGUCCGAGGAGUACAUCGAGGAGAUGUCAAGAGUGAUGUCCAACUCGCUGAUGAAGAUCGCUUCGACCACAACACCGCCCACCGAAUCCGCGCAGACAUCUAUGAGCACGACGACAUCCGUAGCGACUUCGAGUGCGCUGGAUAACUCGGUAUCUGAAACGACGCCUGCUUCGAAUGAACUGAAGAGUCAUGAUACAAUUUCCUCGAAUAAUGCAAGUCGAAUUGUUAAGAAAGAAUUAGAAGACGUCGAGGGAGCGACGCAACCCGUGCACGACUCCUCAUGGCUGAAGGCGACCACGUCCGCGAUCGUCUCGACAUUGAUCACCACCACGUCGACGUCCUCGCCAGUCGCGGUGAACUCCAUGGAGUACUUCCUGAACGAUGACGGCAACGCGGAAUCGACGAGCGAUCAACGCAGCGCGGCGAGACUCGAGAAUCUCGACGAGGACGAGAUCAUGGAGUUCUCGGACUUCAUGGACUUCAAGAAGGGAAAAAGCCAAGCUGCGCCGGUCUUGCUGAGCUUGUCAAGCGGAAAAGUCACGUCGCAGCAGACCUCGCCUCGAGACAUCGUGUCCACUUUGAGCAUCGAGCACAUCCUCCAUCCCACGGAGCGAAUCAAGCUGAUGAAACACUCCCAGGAUAAUCGCGACACUGCCGAGGAUGGCGAAGAAGCGAUUCAGGGUGAAGCUCGAUCUGCUCUUCUCGACGAGACAUCUAUGGAGGACUACAACGCGUUCAUCGAAGCAGAAUAUCAGAACGAUGCACCGAUCGAUAUCCCCGAAGAAGACAGAAGGCAAAGCGAGGAGAUAAAAUAUGAUCCGAGUAAAACUGGCACUCUCGUGAGUUCAACUGAGAAACAACGGAUCGCGAAUCCUGCUGAUGAUCGGAGAGGAUCGUACGACAAGAAUCACUCGACCGAGUAUCACCAGGUGAACCAAUCAAUGGAGAGGAUUCGGAUGUUGGAGAACCAUCGAGGUACGAACGGCAGACGUUACGAAGAAGUCGUGUCCGAGAUCGAACCGGAAGCGCGGGCGGAGAUCUUCGAGCUGUUCGCGUCUGGUUCGGCCGGCAAGCGAUUGGAGCGGCUCUUGAAAUCGAGAAACAUGAGCGUGGAAGAAUUGAUAGCCCUGCGCCAGAGAGGUUCCAGUAAAGUCCACUUGACAGAAGUGUCACGAUUGCAGGUAGCCGAUCCGAAAAACCUGCAAGCCUCGAAGACCUCCGAUGUAAAUAAUAAAAAGAUUGUCUCAGCCACGAGUAACUCCAAUAACGAAAACGAUUCAGAAGAGGAAAACAAGAAGAAUCAGUUUAGACAGGACAUCAUAAGUUAUCUGCACGACCCGUUGUUCGAUCGCGAUCUGGAGAACACGUCGCUAUCGAGAUUGCUGGACCUUGUUGAGCGCGACAGGAACACGUCGAGGGAAAUAACAUUCCAGAAAGAGGAUCAAAAAGGUACCUCGAGCACCGACGAGCACGGUGAACUGGAGAGCCCCCGUCACGCGAUUGAGAUUGUCGAUCUACUGACAACGUUCGGUUCCCUGCCUUUCGCGGAAGACGUGCGGCGACAAUUCGGAAUCGAGUUCGGCAACGAGGCGAAAGCGGAGCCUCCGAUAGACAAUAAUAACGCGAACGUAAGGUUGAUCGGCGACGAAGAGAACAUCGUUCGAUCGGACAACACGUCUGACGAGUUCCACGCUGGAUACGUGGAGGAGAUUGUCAGGAAGGAGCCGAACGUUGUGAGAACGAUCCACAGCGAAACGAGGAAUGAUGCGGAAGAGAACAAGACCCUGUCGAGGGUGAAGCCAAGCAUAAUAGCGAGCGGCGUGAUCCUGGGCGUGACGAUCGUCGUGUUCCUGGCGAUCUUCGCCGUGUGCAGAAUUCGACAGAAGCAGAGGUACACGUACAGAAACACGUUCUCGCGCACGGUAUUCCAGAGCUCGAUCGCGGCGGCGAGGAAGCUGUCGAACUCGAGCAGCCUAAGCGCCGUAAUGGUCAACGUCGCCGCAACGUCGACGACUAGGCGACCCGAGAGAACGGAGAUGCAGGAGACCGUCGAGGAGUUUGAUAGCAAGAGCGACAUGGACAACGACUCGUUGGACGCGAACGAUAGCUGGGAGACGAUACCCGAUUACGCGAAGUGAUUACUCGCCGCCGGCGCAGUUGUAAGAGAAGUCUAUCAAUUAGGAGUGCAAAAGGUGCGUCGCGUUUGUUAAGUAAAGGUGCAGAAAAAUUGCAUGAAUUUUCGCGAAUUAAAUCGUCGCGUUGAAUUUUUGAUAAUUUUGACCGUUCAAUAAUUAGUACUUUUUCUGAAUCUCUUUUCUAAAAUAUUCGUUAUUUAAAAUAAAAUUUGAUGAAGGAGUGACGGAUCUUUUGUACUAUAAUCUGCUAGAAAACUGCCAGUAUUUUUCCAUAUGAUUAUCAAAGCCCACAGGCUCAGGCCCACAGUGUCCCUAACGAGCACUGUGGCACGCUAAUGUUGAUCGUUAAGUUAAUCGCUUAUUUUUCCGGGGAGAGAGUAAAGUAGUUUCGCAAUGUAUAUAAGUAUUUUUUCUAAAUUGCGAUUGUCGACGAGUCAGAAUUAUGACAGAAAAUUUGUAAUAAAAAUAUGUAAUCAAACUGUUCUUUUUAUCGUCUCUAGACGUUCAAUCGUAAUUCAGUAUCUAAUGCGACUUCGUUAAAUUGAUAAACAGAAGCCUUGCCUAUAAAAGUGCUUCAAACUUCCAUAUAACGUAAGAUUGUAUUUAUUUAUAGGUUUAUGCGCGUACGUCAUGUAUAAAUUGUAUUUUAUAUAAAAUUUUAAACUUUAUCUCGAUAUCU